AUGAUGCAGCAACAGGAGCGGCCGAUGCCAAAUGCCACGGCUCGGCAGCAACCCGUUCAGCAGCAACAACAGCAACAAUUGAGUCAGCAAGAGCACCAAACUUCCUUCCAUCAUCAAGAAGAGCACCAGCAGCAGUCUCUUGUAGUACAACAACAGCAUCCAUCAUCAUCUUCUGCAUUCGCCUGUCUGUACACUCCUCAAAAGACACAAAAGCGCAAGAAAUGGUCCGACGGGAAAUUUGUCCUACAGCAGUUCACGGGCCAUGGUCGACUCUACGAAGCGUGUCCGGCAUUGGGAUCGUCCAAUCCGGUAUUGGCGGAAACCCAGCUCUCGCGUCACGAUGUCCAAGCGGUCCUACAACAACAGCAGACACUGAUUGAAGCCGAAAAGUACCUCAUUCAAUUGGAAGGUCCCUGGGUGCCACCCACUUCUACUAUGCAUACAACAAACAGUCGUCGGCAACCCUUGGUGUCCAAUUCCAUGCAGAAAUUACUCACCAGCAAGUUUCGAAAACCCGGUGCUUACAAACCACCACCGCCCAAUCAACAGCAACGACAGCAAAACAAUACGGCACUUGGCAAACGACGUCGUCAACCAUUGCAACCGGGAGAUUUACUACGACAGCAUUAUGGAGAUCAAGUUCUCAUGGCGCCGCCACCGCAACAGCCAUCAAACACUAUUCAUCCACCUGCAUGCCAGAAUCAGAACCAAGCGCCAUCGUCCGCAUGGAAUUCGGCCCCCGCAUCGAUGAUGACGUCAACGAAUCCUUACAACAAUGGAACCAACCAGCGCCAACAACUGAAUAGGGCCAAUCAAGUGCCGCAGACAACUCCUAAUGGUGUAGCCAAUCAACCGCCAAUGCCCGCUCCUAAUGGUGCUAACCACGUCCAGCUGCCUCCCAGUCGACAAAAUCCAUACACCAGUGUGGCCAACAACAGUGGUACUGCUAGUGGGAUGCUUCCGUCAACUGUUGUUCCAAACAACAAGAAUAGCAGUCUGCCACAACCAACUCGUUUCCCGCCUUCUGCUCCGUCUGUACCGGUACAUCCACCACCAACCACGGGGCAUUCUACCAGUCGACAAGCGUUCCCCAGCGCCAAAAACACCAACGAAUUUGUUUCCAACAAUGGAUUUGACCCGCGAAACUUUUAUGGAUUCGAUGAUGAUGAUGAUGACGACGACGACGAAGAAGACAGCGACAAUGAGCAGCACAACAAUAAGGAAAAUCCAUAUCAGUUUUCUGGUGGAGCUUCCUCCACUGAUGUAUCCUCCAAUGCUCCAUUUGGAGGGGAACCUCAGGAGUACACCAACAAUCCACAGCAGCAGCAGCCAGUACCCAUACCACCUGCAGCGCAAACUACCGAUAGUGUCCAUACGGCUAAGGGUGCAACCAAUGGUGGCGGCGGAGGUGGUGUCAUGACCACGCAAGACCUCUUGGAUUUGUUUGGAGGAGGAGACGACGAUGACGAGGAGGAAGAUGCGUCGCAAACACAGGAUGACAGCAACACUGCAGAUGAUCAGCAUCCUGAUGCCGGUGAUAGUACGAGUGCAAACUCGGGAGCAGUUUUGCCAGGCACCAACAAGGGGCAACCGGAAGAGGAGUUUACACUUCCUCCGGUAGAAGACUCGUCUUCCGACUCGAGUGAUGAUGAUGACGAGGGAAACUGA